UUGAACUGCGUAGCGUACUUGACAUUGCACAUGCCUUAUUGACUGCUGUCCUAUAUAUUUGAUUAUUAAAAGUGUGCGAUAUUACUCCGAGCAACACAGACAGCAAUAAAAGAGGCAGUAGACCUGAAUGUAGGAUCUCUAAAGAGGUGGACAUGACAGCUCGAGGGACACCGAGUCGGUUUUUACAAAGCGUUCUUCAGAAUGGAGUGGGUCGCUAUGUCUGUCAGCUAAAGCGAAUCUCUCUGAUCUUCUCCAAGAAAGGACAGGGAUCUUUAGGAGUCAGGGAUUUCAUUGAAGAAGGCGUGGUGGACUUUGCCAAGAAUAAUCCAGGAACUGUGGUUUACAUCUCACCUCAGUCCAGCAGAAUUCCAAAAAUAGUUGCUGAAUAUUUGAAUGGGAGCGUGAAGGAGGAGAUAAUCACCAACAAAACAUCACAGCAGAUUGCUGAACUUAUAACCAAGAUGUCCAACCAGUCAGGACUGGACAUCAUCCGUAUUCGGAAACCUUUCCACACAGACAGCCCCAGCAUCCAGGGCCAGUGGCACCCCUUCACAAACCGAGCCCCCAGCAUUGACCCAGUUGGGCCACAGCCAAAAUAAGAACUUUUCCUAGUAUGAAUAUUCUGACUGAUGUAUGAACUGCUGGAUAAGCUGUGAAUGAAUGGAAAUCAGCACAUUCAACAGGACGCUGAUCAUUUAAAUGUUUUCAGAAGUGAGCUGUUACUCAUCAGUACUUUUCUUUUUGAUGGAAGAUGACCGUUUAUAUAACAAACACAUUGUUUUUAAAUGGCAAGAUUCCUUAUGAUGACAAAAAUCCUUAUAAUAUGCCAUAUUUACUGAAAUAUAAUUCUGUUUCCUUUGGAUAAAUAAAGUUUUGAACUGUU